AUGGCAUACCAAGUUUUGUUAGGACUACUGAUGUUUGCGAUAGGAUCAAGUUCACAAGAUUUCCGUUCGAUACGAUUUUCUAAAGUAAACGAUAAGUUAUAUCAAUGCAACGAUGCAUGCUGUUCACCUUCGACGUCAGUCACUGUUUCCACGAGUCGAUAUUGUGAAAUCGCUUGCCUAGCGACUAACACAUGUCGCACAGCAACAUACAUGCCAUCUAAUAACAUAUGUCAGUUGUUUUCUGAUAGGCUAACGACUCGUGGAGUUAUGUCAACGGUGACUGGUGUGCAGAGUAUGACUGUUAUCGAUGACAGAUCAACAGAUGCGGGUAACAGUGCUACGUAUGUUAGCGGGAGUUCUAUACGAACGGGUAGCGGCCCUAGUGGAUUAGCUGUAAUGGAUAUUAAUUCUGAUAAUAAAGCAGACGUGGUUAUUACGAACUUUAUGGGCAAUAACGUGAUGGUUUUUUGUAAUGAUGGCGCAGGCAAUUUUCCUCAUUCGACUAGUUAUUCAGUGGGCCCGUAUCCAAACUGCGUGGCACUCGGUGAUUUGGAUGGCGAUGGACAACCAGAUAUUGUUGUUAUGAAUCAGGCUUCCACCAAUAUUAGUGUGCUCCUCAAUGUUGGUCAGUGCACAUUUGUCUAUCAAGCUUCUUAUGCUAGCUAUUCGGAUUCUACAUCGAUUGUAAUUGUCGACAUCAAUCAUGAUAAUAAAAAUGAUGUUGUUGUGGCAAAUAUGAAUAAGAACAGUGUUGGUGUCUUGCUCAAUAUGGGGAAUGGUCUGCUGGCUUCACAAGUAACGUACCCAACUGGUAGUCAACCGAAAACUGUAGCAGUGGCAGAUGUAAACAACGAUCAUUUACUAGAUAUUAUCGUUACCAAUCAAAAUUCGGCCAAUAUCGGCGUCCUUCUGAACAAUGGCGACGGUACUUUCUCUUCGCAAGUUACCUAUGCGACAGGCAGUAGUCCAACUGCAGUUGCUGCCGUUGAUAUUAACUCCAAUGGUCAAAUCGACAUUAUCGUUACAAAUUCAGGAUCAAAUAGUAUUAGUACUUUUUUCAAUAAUGGCAACGGUUUAUUUCCCAAUCAGAUCAUUUAUCCAACAAACUCGUCUCCAUCUGCACUGGCUGUCGUAGAUAUCAAUAAUGAUAAUAGUUCGGAUAUUAUUGUCGUAUAUACGAAUACAAACAGCGUUGGUAUUUUUCUCAACAGUGGUAAUGGCACUUUUCUCAAUGAAAUCAUCUAUCCAACUGGUGCCGUUCCAUUUUUAGUAGUGGUAAUCGACAUUAAUGGCGAUGGAAAACCAGAAAUUCUUACAUUAGAUCGUGGGUCAACUGACGUCCGUAUUCUGAGACACUGUUAA